UUUUCCCCUGUGAGGGAAGAAGCGCGAGCGCGAGGGCGCGCGCGUGUGAGAGAGAGAAGGGGAGAGAUACGGCGCUGCAGGCGGGGGUGGCCGAGACUCGGCUCGCCUCACACACAUAACACGCCACUUUCCUUCCCGGAAUGUGAGGCGCGGCGGAGCCGGGGUUGUCAAGCGCAGGUUCCCACAGUAGCGGCGGCGGCGGCCUGGGGCUCCCCAGUGCGGGGCCGGGCGCUGACUGACUGGCGCGAGCCUCCGCGGUCCCAGCCCCUGAGGGAAGAAGGGGCGGCUCCUUGGGCGGCGGCGGCGGCAGAGGCUUCUUCUCCCCCUCGCCCCGCUCCUCCUCGGGUCUACUUCCCCGAGCUCCUCGCCCGCCAUGAAGAAGUUUUCUCGCAUGCCCAAGUCUGACGGCACCGGAGGCAGCACGAGUAGCGGCGGCGGAGGUGGAGGCGGCGGAGGGACGUCGGCGGCCGUGUCGGGCUUUGUGGCCGGAGGCGGGCCGGCCGUGGGCAGCAGCAGGGUCUUCGCCGUGGGGCGCUUCCAGGUCACGGUGGAGGAGCUGCUGGCGGAAGGUGGCUUUUCCACAGUGCUACUUGUGCAUACACAUGGUGGAGUCCGAUGUGCAUUGAAACGAAUGUAUGUUAAUAAUGUGCCUGACCUCAAUAUCUGCAAAAGAGAAAUAACAAUAAUGAAAGAACUGUCUGGGCACAAGAACAUUGUAGGGUAUUUGGAUUGUGCUGUUAAUUCUGUUAGUGAUAAUGUUUGGGAAGUGCUCAUCUUAAUGGAAUACUGUCGUGCUGGGCAGGUAGUGAAUCAGAUGAACCAGAGAUUGCAGACAGGCUUUACUGAGCCAGAAGUGCUAAGGAUAUUUUGUGAUGCCUGUGAAGCUGUUGCUAGGCUGCAUCAAUGCAAAACUCCCAUUGUUCAUAGAGAUUUGAAGGUUGAGAACCUUUUGUUGAAUGACAGUGGAAACUAUGUCCUCUGUGACUUUGGCAGUGCCACUAAUAAAUUCCUUAAUUCUCAGAAAGAUGGAGUUAAUGUAGUUGAAGAAGAAAUUAAAAAGUAUACUACGUUAUCAUACAGAGCUCCUGAAAUGAUUAAUCUUUAUGGAGGGAAACCAAUUACUACCAAGGCAGAUAUCUGGGCUCUUGGUUGCUUGCUAUAUAAGCUUUGUUUCUUCACACUUCCCUUUGGUGAGAGUCAGGUUGCCAUUUGUGAUGGAAGCUUUACCAUCCCAGACAAUUCACGUUACUCCCAUGGUAUACAUUGUUUGAUAAGGUAUAUGCUUGAACCAGAUCAAGAACAGAGACCUGAUAUCUUUCAAGUUUCUUACUUUGCCUUUAAACUUGCCAAAAAGGACUGUCCAAUAUCCAAUAUCAAUAAUUCUCCUCUCCCUUCAACUCUUCCUGAGCCCCUGACAGCUAGUGAGGCUGCUGCUAAGAAAAGCCAAAUAAAAGCUCGAAUAACAGAUGCCAUUGGACCAACAGAAACCUCAAUAGCACCACGACAAAGACCAAAGGCCAAUACAAGCACUGCCACUUCUAGUGUACUAACAAUUCAGAGCUCAGCAACACCAGUCAAAGUGCCAGUCCCUAGUGAUUUCAACAAUGGACAAAAAGGAGCCUCAAAAUCUGGAAAUAGCCAAGAGAGUAUGUUGUCCCAGGGAACUAAUCAGGCCCCACAGCAAAAUAGAGUACUGCAACAACUACAGCAAGGUGACUGGAGGCUACAGCAGUUGCAUCAUCACCACCACCAGCAGCAGCAGCAACAACAAUUGAUUCAGGAUGCAUACAUGCAUCAGUAUCAACAAGCAAUGCAACAGCACAUGAUUCAACAGCAGCUUUUGAUGCGCUCUGCUUACCAGCAGCAACCUUCCCCUUCCUAUCCAGCCAUGGUGCAGCAGUACCAACAAGCUCUCCUACAUCAACAAGCCCUUGUGAAGCAGUUGCAACCUCCGAAACAUUCUCCUGAAUUUCUUGCCUCUCCUCAGGAGUUUUCACCAGCCUUAAUACCCCAUUCUAAAUCCUUUCCAACUCAUGUUGGUGCAGCGUUGGACACACCUUAUACUACAAACAGGUCAUCUGCCGCUGAUGCUGAGUCUGUUUCCAGCUAUCCAAAACAGAAUGUCAGUAACCCUCCUGAUAUGUCUGGCUGGAACCCGUUCGGAGAAGACAAUUUUUCCAAGCUAACAGAGGAGGAGCUGUUGGACAGGGAAUUUGACCUUCUGAGAUCAAAUAGGCUCGUGGAGAGGAGAACUUCCUCAGAUAAGAAUGUGGAGCCACAUUCUGUUCCACAGAACCAUCCUCCAGAAGAUCCCUUUGGUUCUGUACCUUUCAUUUCUCACCCAGGUUCCCCUGGAAAUGAAAUUAAUAACUCAGACAGCAGUCUAGAGAACAAGGUAGGGAGCCCAACCAAAAAUGAGAGGUCAAGCCAGGCUAUUGGGGACUGUGAAAAUGUAAAGAAGGUGAGAGAAGGAAACACGAAAAAAGGAAAUGAUGAAUCAGAGAGUGACUUUGAAUCAGAUCCUCCAUCUCCUAAGAGCAGUGAGGAAGAGGAGCAAGAGGAUGAAGUCUUGCAGGGCGAGCAUGGAGAUUUCAUUGAUGACAACGAUACCGAACCAGAGAACUUUGGCCAGCAUCCUCUUCUAAUGGAUUCUGAUGAAGAUGCAGAAGAUGAUGAUAAACCAAGUUCUGACUCUGAUUCUUGCCAUGCUAGGCCUGUGGAUGAGAUGCCUUGCAGCAGAUACAGAGAAGGGACUGCCAGUGUUGAAAACAGGGAGCCUAAUGUAACAUUUCCUGUGUUGACCGAAUUGCCAAAUACAGUAACCAAGGUGAGCCCCAAACAAGAAUUUGAUGUCUUUGGAGCAGUUCCAUUCCUUGCUCUUCAUUCUCAAGAGCCCAAGCAAAAUGAUAGCAAAGGUUUCUCUCCCCAGGCUACGCUCCCAGGCUUAGACCAAGAUCAGGAUGAUUUUGAUGUCUUCACCAAAGCCCCAUUCAGCAGAAAAAUAUCUCAGCAAGAUGACUUGAUUUCAGGUUCUGAAAACCAACCUUCUCCCAUAUCGCCCAAAAGUGUGGAUGCUUUUGGCUGCAUCCCAUUCCCUCAUUCCAUCCCAAAGAAUGACGAGAGUAAAGAGGACUUGUUUGGGCUUAUCCCGUUCGAGGAGAUAGCAGGGAGCCAACAGCAGCAAAAAGUGAAGCAGCAACGCAAUCUGCAGAAACUCUCCUCUCGCCAGAGACGCAUGAAGCAGGAAGUAUCAAAGAACAAUGGGAAGCGCCACCAUGGUACGCCAACUAGCACCAAGAAGACCUUGAAGCCCAGUUACCGCACACCAGAAAGAGCCCGCAGGCACAAAAAAGCUGGCCGUCGGGACUCCCAGAGUAGUAAUGAGUUCUUGACAAUCUCUGAUUCCAAGGAAAAUAUAAGUAUUGCCCUUUCAGAUAGCAAGGACAGAGUCAACCCUCUGCAAGCAGAUGACGGUCUUCUGGAUCCCUUUGGAGCCAAGCCUUUCCACCCUACGGAACUGGUGCUUCUUCCCCAGCAUCAAGGUUUGGGUGAUCAUUGUGGAGACUAUAACACAGUAGUUCCUGGUAGACCUAGACAGAGUUCACUACUUGGUACCAUUCAUUCUGGCGAUGGGAUAAAAUUAACAGAUGAUUUUGGGGCAGUUCCUUUCACGGAAUUUGUUGUGCAGACUGUGACAUCUCAACAAAGCCAGCAGCAACAGACAGUAGAGUUGGAUCCUUUUGGGGCUGCUCCAUUUCCUUCCAAACAAUAGAUUGAACCAGGAGCACUGUUGCAUUAUUUAAGGAUUUUCUGUACCACCAUACACUAUCUGGUUCAACUGAGAAGAAACUUUUUUUCUUAGUACAAUUGAUUCAUUUCUCAGUAGAGAACCUCAUAUUUUAAAAUCUGCUAUCUUAAGCAUAUAAUAUUGAGAUGGCGAAGAGGUAAAAGAAUUUCACUAAGACCUUCUGAUCUCUUUUCAAAAUCUCCUAUCUGUUGUUGCAGCUACUGCCUAUUACUUUAUCAACAAACAGCCAUGGUGUGCUUUUUACCAUGUACUCUUCACCAAAGAGGUUGUUACAAGAAAGGUCCGAUUUGAGGUUUGUUAUAACUGGCCUGAGGGGAAUGAGAAAAUGCCUAAAUAUGUAAGAAGCUGGAUUGAUCUGGGACUGCUUCACUUGCUAGUUGUGGGAUCCCUCCUAAAACAUCUCUGAACUUCUGAGGUUUCUGACUUGACAUUAGAUUCCUAAACAUCACAAAAAACCCAAACCUUUGUAGCUGUGGUUCCCAGAACUCUGCUUCCCGCCCCCCAGUAAGUGCCAUUAAUGUAAAACAAGGAUAGUUCUAACUCUUAAGAUCUCAAGAACUUAGUGGAAUACAAUAUUAGAUAAAGUUGGGAAUCAAGGAGGAAAAUAAAAAUACAUAGCUGGAUUCUGCAGCACUUCGAAGAUUAUACAGUUCCAGCUUGAUUUACCUGCAUAUACAACAUUCGACAAGACAGAGAAGACAAAAGCCGGAAAUUUGGUGGCAAGUUCUAACCUGUACAGCUCUAUGAUAAAGUAGGAUUUUCACCUAAUGUAUUUUUCUAGGGUUUUGUACUCCGUGGUAUACCCUAGAAAUGUCUUUUGAAUCACUCUCACUUAACUCGUCCCAUUUAAUCUUUUUGAGUGCAUUCUGUCUCACAAUAUUGUACUUACCUUGAGAGUUCAUACAAAAUACACGUAACUCUAAAGAAACUUUUAACUUGAAUUUAGGCAGCUUCCAGCACUGGAGGUAUAAAACUGAAGCCUUUAAAAAAAUGAUGCUGAUUUGAGUCUGCUACCAGUAAACUGCAUAGUAAACCACCAAUGCCUUACAGCCAGGACCAUUGUCCUGUCAUACUUUUACCUCUGAGCCAUUUGGUGCCCUUGAGACACAGUUUAAAAACAUGUAGAACUUAGAAGGUGAGUAUUUGAUGCAUUUCUCAACUUCCCAUGUGGACAAAGGUGUUCAUAA